UCCUCCGUCACAUCCUGUCUUCUUCCUUUAAGCUCCACAGCUGAGCAGCACUCUUCUGUUUCUUCAAAGUGAGGGACAGCAUGUCUAGUGCAGCUGUUGACAAUAUGUCGACUCUUUUAUAUUUAAUGUUUGAAUCGUAAAGGCCUCGUGGGGACCUAUGGAUACAGUUGGUAGGGACAACUGGCGGAGACGCACGAGGAGCGCGCGAGACUGCUGCAAGCAAACCAGAGCGCGAGCUGACGAGUCCAAUGUGCUGCGGUGUCUGAGCGUGGGGAACACGGAAGAAGGCCAUGACAUGGAGGAGGACACCGGCCUCAAGCAGGACAGCCUGGAGCGACGGGUCAUGUCCCCCCGCUACAGCCUGCUGCGAGAGGUGGGGAGGGGCACCUACGGCGUGGUGUUUGAAGCGGUUGCCCGGAGGUCCGGGGCCAAAGUGGCCGUGAAGAAGCUGAGAUGCGACGCGCCGGAAAACGUGGAGCUCGCCUUGCAGGAAUUCUGGGCCCUGGCAAGCCUGGAGAAAAGGCAUGACAACGUGGUGCAGCUGGAAGAGUGUGUGCUGCAGAGGAACGGCAUGGCCCAGAAAAUGAGUCAUGGUAAUAAACGGUCCAAACAGUACCUGCGUCUGGUGGAGACUUCUCUGAAAGGUGAGAGAGUGCCUGGGCCUCCUGAGGAGCCUUGCUACCUCUGGUUUGUCAUGGAGUUCUGUGAAGGCGGCGACCUUAACCAGUUCAUUCUGUCCCGGAGGCCCAACCCGCAAACCAACAACAGCUUUAUGCUCCAACUGACCAGCGCCGUUGCUUUCCUGCAUGAAAACAACAUUGUCCACAGAGACCUCAAACCUGACAACAUACUCAUCUCAGAGAGAUCAGGGACUCCAGUUCUCAAGGUGGCCGACUUUGGCCUGAGUAAAGUCUGUGCUGGUAUAGGAAACACAAACGUUGGCAAAGAAGGCGAAGACAAGAACAAAAACAUUAACCUGAACAAGUUCUGGUUAUCCUCGGCAUGCGGCUCAGACUUCUUCAUGGCUCCAGAGGUGUGGGAGGGUCAUUACACGGCCAAGGCUGACAUAUUUGCCCUAGGCAUCAUCAUCUGGGCCAUGUUGGAAAGAAUUACCUUCAUUGAUGCUGAGUCUAAGCGAGAGCUGCUGGGUACAUAUGUGAGACAAGGGGUGGACAUUGUGCCGGUGGGUGAGGCACUGCUAGAGAAUCCAAAGAUGGUACUGAACAUCCCGCAGAAACGCAGGUCGUGCAUGUCUGACGGAGUGAGGAAGCUGCUGAAGGAAAUGCUCGCUGUCAACCCUCAGGACCGGCCCGACGCUGUCCAGCUGCAGACCAGAAUGGACCAGGUUACCUAGGUGUGCUGCGUGACCUUCAACCAGGUAGAUUUACAGACUUUCUACGGGAGCUGCUACAUCAGUGAGGGCCUCACUGUUCAACCUGAAGACUGUGAAGAAAAGGAGAGGCUGAGGAAACACUUGGAGUUACUCCUGAAGUUCAGAUGCUAAAAUGGGAUUUGUGUUUUCUUUGAGCUUGUUUACAGUGUGAUCAUCUGCCAAUGCUGAUAGAGAAUGUUUUGUCUCGCCCUAAAAAUGAUAAUAAAGAUGUGGGGAAGUUCCGGCUGGGUAACAAGCUGCUGACUCUAAAUGUAAGCUUAAGUGCAGGAUUACUUUAUGUGCAGGGGUCAAAGCCAUGUGACAAUUUAAUGAUAUAAAAUGAAAACACCGGGAUCAGAUUCACAAUACUGCUGGAAACAUGUCACUUCAGUGAAGGCUGGUCUCAUGCCAGAUGUUGCUGACACAGGAUUGUAUGGCAUGUGUUUACCAGUCUUAUGGUAGUUCAUUUCCUCGUAAAAAUUAGAACACAACAUCGCCUUGUGGAGCCCUCUGAGAUAUGACGGCUUCAUGUUCUGGAAAAACGUUAACACCCCUUCUGUUACGGUUUCAAUUACUUCAGAAACUGUGGGUUAACAUGGAAGUACACUACAUCGGAGUGAUGGUUAAUUAUUAGGUAUCUAUAUCUACAUAUCUCUCAAAAACACCCAUUAUUUCUAUUCAUAUAUUUAAAAGUUUUGGCUAAUCUAGUGAAUGACAUACAUGCAAAGAGCCUGGGAAUUAGAAAGAUGUGACAUUCAAUCCACAGCAUUGCCUGAAAGUCUUAGUCACCUUGUUAUAAAUUUGAAAAAUCCUCAUAAAACCCUUCCCAUUUUGCCACAGGGGAAAUCUGCAUAUGUGUAGUUCCCACACUUCUUUGCCUUUGACUAUACACCUUGUUUGGGGAGAUCAGGUUAUUUUUCCAUUUAAAUGUGACUUCAGUGCUCCUUGAGUUCCUUUUGUAAUCUCAUGUAAACCUAUGGUGCCUUGAAUUUGCUAGUCAGGUCAAAUUUGGCUCACAGCCGAACAGCUGUCAUAUUCUUUAUUUUAUUUUGCAAUCCAAAUGCAUUAUUAAGGAUCUAAAUGAUUUAGUUUCUAACCACAAGAAACAUUAUGGAUUUCCAAAAUUCCCAUGUGGUCAUCAGAAAGAAGACGAUAUGUAGUGUUUUUUAUUUGAAUGUUUCUGUAAAACUGACUAUUAAAGGGAACUGAAGAUUGAAUGUUAAUUUUAAAAGGUGCCAUUAAUGUUAAAGGAGCUAAAUUAUGUCAUGUCAACUGUGACGCAAAGGGUUGUUUUGUCGACAAAUGAUCACACUAUUCAGUCACAGGCGUUUUUGAGGUGUGAUUGAUUGAAAGUGGAAUGUGAAAAAUAAGGAGUUGAGGAGCAUUUUGGAACCACGGCUGAAUAUUAAUAUCUUCCCCUUGAACCAAAGGUCUGAAGUCACAUGUUGACCUGUGACCCUGAAUCUUAAUCCUGUUUUUAUUUGUACUACCUCAUUGUCUUUACUGAGCCAUAAUUUAAUGUUCCAUUCCUCAGAUGGAGAGGACCUGUAAGAUUCCCAGUUCACUUUUCCCUGGAUUGUGAAUGGUCACGUUAGCCUGUAUUAAGUGACUCCGCUUUUGCUAAUUCUUUUUUUGCUGAUGCAUUGUGAGACAUUGGUCUACAUUCAUUCAAAUGUUUACACAACUUAGCUCAACACACUUCAUAAUGUAUUAGGUUACUUUCUGUCCCCCUCUUUUGUUUCAUCACAGUAUUAGCGUCUGGUGGUGCAGGGUAUUGAUCAUUUAGAACUGGAGAUGAGCUAACGGUAGAUCUCCCAAUCAGUUCUUUGUUCCGAUUUCUGACAAAUUGCUUUUUUACUUUAAUUUAGAGGAAUGUACUUAAAGAGAUUUAAGCAGACCUUGAAUAUCCACCGCCUCUGCAGGGCUUCCUUGGGAGUAAUGUGUGUAAACGUGUGCAGUUACGCUGUCGUGACUCAUAGGUCACUUGUGUUACACUCUUCUAUGCAACUCUGCCUCCCUAAUACACUGUGGAUCGUUCAUCCAGGCCCAGCUGAUUGAGUCCUUGUGUUCAGAUCAAUCGACCCUUUAUUUCAACACAAUGUGCAGUUCUGGUUGUACAAGAUGGUUAGGUUGUUUUUAUUGCUGGAUUUGUACAUAUCAAGGCUCUGUUUCAAUAAAGGUUGGUUAUACCUCA